GUGGUUAGAGCAGGGGGGCUGGGAGCCAGGACUCUUGGGUUCUCGGAGGGGAGUGGGGGCUGGUGGUUAGAGCAGGGGACUCCUGGGUUCUCUCCCCGGGUCUAGGAGGGGACUGGGAGCCAGGACUUGAUUCUUGGCGGGGAAUGGGGGCCUGGGCCCCAUUAUGGUUCUUUCUUGCUGGUCUUCCCCAUUCCUCGAUUUUACGAGAUUAAUCCCUGGCAGGGCUGGUUCUGUGUGUUUGCAGGAAACGAUGCCCUUGGCCUUCGACCGGCGGAGCCCCCCAGGGCAGGAACCCGAUUGCCGAGGGCUGGGUCCCGGGGGCACUCACAGGUGCAAAUUGGCCCAGGGGAGGUCUGUGCCAGCAUGACAGAGGCACCCGUCUGUUUUAGAUACUCCUCACUGUGGUAUCUGGGGAAACUGAGGCACGGAGCGACCAGGGCCAUAGCGCAGCAGGACCUUGAACCCAGGUCUCCCCAGUCUGAGGCUGUCCUUCUAACCCCUAGCCCAGCCUCACGUCUGCCCCCCAGGCCAGACAGGGGUGGGGUCCAGCUGUGAGGUGCCCCAGGACAGAGACACCCCUUGGUGUGGGGGUGUUUCCCUACAGAUGUCGCUACCUCCUAGGACUGCACCGCCGUCACUGCACUUGCGGCGAACCGAAUGUGGAUUAGGCACCAUGCUUUGGACAGGGGACGGGAAGGACUGACAACUGUCAGCUCUGUCUGGGCAGUGCCCGGCCCGCCGGGGCCCCGAUCUCGGUGACUCUGUGUCUGGGCAGCGCCCGGCCCGCCGGGGUCCCGAUUUCGGUGACUCUGUGUCUGGGCAGCGCCCGGCCCGACGGGGCCCCGAUCUCGGUGACUCUGUGUCUGGGCAGCGCCCGGCCCGACGGGGCCCCGAUCUCGGUGACUCUGUGUCUGGGCAGCGCCCGGCCCGACGGGGCCCCGAUCUCGGUGACUCUGUGUCUGGGCAGCGCCCGGCCCGACGGGGCCCCGAUCUCGGUGACUUUGUCUGGGCAGCGCCUGGUGCAGAGAGAGAGGACUGAUCAUCUGACCUGGUUGCCAGGUUGGUUGGCAGAGAGCAGGGUGUGUUGGGGAGGUGUCUGUGUGUGUAUUUUCUCUGUCUCUCUGAUUGUGUGUGUAUGUGUUGGGGGGGUGCCCCCCAACCCCAGCCCCACUCACCACGGGGCCCAUGGCGGCCUCCCAGCUGGACUGCCUGGAGGACGCCCCCCCAGGUACCCUGGUGACUGAAUCCAGCCCCGAAUUCUUCUACUCGGAGGGGCAGCGGCUGGCUGUGGAGGCCCUGCUGGCCGGAGGGCAGUCGGCCUAUGCACAGCGCCUGGCGCAGGACGGGCUGCGUUCCUUCCUGUCCAACGACGAGCUCCGGCACCUGGCCGAGGCGGCCCGGGACGUCCCAGAGCCAGUGGGGGAGCGGGACGGGGACGCCGACGAACUCAGCCUCAGCUACUGGCCCGGGUGCUCGGACGAGCCCAUCCCCGAACUGGAGCUGGGCUGGCCCCUGGAUGAGAACUGGAAGGGCAUCACCCGUGCGGAGGUCUACACACACCCGCCGGGGGACGGGGCCCCCAAGGUCAAGGAGCUGGUGCGCCGGAAAAUUCAGCAGGCUGCCAAGGUGGUUGCCAUAGUGAUGGACGUCUUCACGGACCCCGAUAUCCUGCUGGAUCUGCACGAGGUCGGCAUGCAGCGCGGGGUCCCCGUGUACCUGAUCCUGGGGGAGCAGCACCUGGCCGCCUUCCUCAGCAUGGCAGAGAGCGCCUGCCUCAACGUGCGCUACAUGGAGAACCUGCGGGUCCGGGUCAUUGCGGGCUGCACCUUCUGGAGCCGACAGCACAAACAGGUCACUGGGACCCUGAAGGAGAAAUUCCUGCUGAUCGAUGGGGACACGGUGAUAACGGGGAGCUACAGCUUCACAUGGAGUGACGCCCGGCUGAGCCGCCAGCUGGUGACGUUGCUGACGGGCGAGAUCGCCGGGGCCUUCGACCGCGAGUUCCGGACCCUCUACGCUGCCUCCCGCCCGCUGGCGCCUGCCCGGGCCCCCCCGCCCAGCCCCCCGGCCCCUCCUCGGGACGGCCGCCCCAACGGCCAGCCCGCCCCCUACCGCAGCGAGCUGGGUGGGCUGCAGCUCUCCAAGGGUGCCCACCGGGUGGCCGAGCGCCGCUCCGUGGCCCCCCAGCCCGUGGCCAAGAGCCGGGCUGGGGAGUGGGAGCUGGUGCGGGUCACCCGGGCCACGGUGGGCGACGAGCUGCCCGCCUUGCCCCGGCGCCUGGGCCCCGAGGGCCACAGCGCCCUGAGUGACGUGGACCGGGGCAGCCGGCCGGGCCCGCUGGCGGGCGCCGCGGUGCAGAGACCCAGCAAGUCCCUCUGGGACCUGAGCCGCCUCUCCCAGCUCUCCGGCUCCAGCGACGGCCCCGAGCCGGGGGACGAGGCGAAGGGCAAGCACAAGUGGGGCACGCAGGACACACCAGCCCGGGCGCUGAUGAGGCGGAGGGGCGUGCCCCCGGCCAGCGAGGAGCCCCGCCAGCCCCUCAUCUUCCUGUCGCCCGCCUACAUGCCCCCGCCGCAGGGCUACCGGGCCUUGGGCCGGCUGCAGGGCCAGCUCUACCACGGGCCUACCGCCCUGCCCCGCGUCUGGGGGGCCCCCCAAGGCUACAGCAGGGAGCGUCGCUAUUGAAUGGGCACCUACCAGUAUCAGCCGGCCGAGGGGAGAGAAUGAGACCCGCCCCCAUCUCCCCAGGCUGCUCCCAACUGGGGCAGGCCAGUAGGUUACAUCGGACCCAGUGUGUGAGCAGGAGGGAGUUAUAUUGGUGUUACUGGGAGGAAGCAGAGCCGGCGUAAGGGCUAUACGGGAACGCCCUGAAUGCUCCGGGCCUUGUUUUCAGCCCAGGGUUUAACUGGGGUUGGAAAGUCAUUGGAAUCAACCUGGCCCUGGGAGCCACGGUACUGGUGUUACGGGGAGGAACUGGGGGGGCCUGGUGGAGGCCAGGGCUCGGUGCUUUGCAGGCCUGCGAGUGGGAGAGUAUGGAUUAUACUGGGACACGAAACUGGGAGGUGGAGGAUGAUUUUGGGCAGCUCUGCACCACUCGGGGCCCAGGGCUGGCAGGCAACAGGCAUGCCCCCCCCCCCCCCCCCCAUGGCACUGCUGGAGCUAAUGUGUGGGUGUGGGGGGGCUGAUUAAACUGGCAUGAGCUGGGAGCGCAGAUUUCCUCCCACACCUCAGGGGUGAACUGGACUGGAACCGGGCAGCUACGGGGGUGCUGGAGCGUUGCUGGGACAAUGGGACUGGCUUUGGGAGAGGGGGCUAGGGGAAGCCCCUGGGGUAUUUCCAGGCAGGGCUGGUGGCUAUACUGGGAUGAACUGGGAUUCCAGUGCCACACCAGAGGGCUGGGGAGCAGCGCUGUGAAGGAGCCGGAGCCCAAGCAACUGGGACAAGAACUGGGUUUUAAUGGGGUCUAGGGGUUAGAGCAGGAAUGGGCUGGCAGCCAGGACUCCUGGGUUCUAGCCCCCUGCUCAGAGAUGCGGGGUCCAGUGGUUAGAGCAGGGGGGGUGGUUUGGGAACCUGGGUUCUAUUGCCAGGUUGCACGCUGAUGAGGGAUGAUAAUUAUGUACAAAACACCAGAACAAAUUGUCUUUUCCCG